UGCUCCUUCAAUUUCCUUAUCUAUAAUUACCCCCUGAAGUUACCAUAUAAUGAUAAUAUUUUGUUUCUUAACACUUAUAUCAGUAACUGAGUCACUGCGAUCUGAUUCCCAGUAUUUUAAAUCAGUUAGUGGUUCGGUAAGUGCUGGAAAUUUCACUUACUAUACUCUCCUUGCUGAAGGACCAGUUUCAUUAGUGCUUCAUACAAGUAAAGGAGAUGCAGAUCUGUAUAUAUCACAAAAGCAUGUUACUCCUACAUAUGAGCCUCAGGACUAUUGUUUACAUUCCGCAACAUGUGGUGUAGACCAAGUGGAUAUUCCCUCUGAUUUUGGCCGUCCUAUUGGCAUUGGAAUUUAUGGCCACCCUUCUCAUGAGGAAAGUUUGUAUAUUCUUGAAUUGAAUUUAAAGACAGAAAACAGUUUUGAUGAUUUAAAUAUUGGCAGCUUUAAUGAAAACUUAGAAGAAACUGAGGGACAGGAGGCUUCAGAGGAGGAGCAACCAAACUUUUUGCUAAUACUAUCAACUCUUUUUGAUAUAUUUCUAGAAAUAUUUCUUUUAUGACAAUGUUGGAAUUUGAAAAGCAAAUGAUGCUCGAUGUUCUAAAUGGUGACAGUCUUCUCAUUGCAGCAAAAGGUUUGAGCAUUGAGAUGGUUAUUUUAAAUCUGAUCAAAGUAUAUUCUGAUCCUGGAAACCUUGUGCUUGUUCUUGGGGCUACCUCUGAUGAAGAGCAAUUUUUUAUUUCAGAAUUACAGAAAAUGGAGUUUACUCCGCUCCCAAAAGUCAUAUCUGCUGAAGUAUCAACUUCAGAAAGGGAGAAGUUAUAUUUAGAAGGUGGUCUCCUUUUUAUUUCAUCUCGUAUUUUAGUUGUGGAUCUAUUAAAAGAAAGAGUGCCCAUUACUAUGAUAACUGGAUUUAUUGUUAUGAGAGCACAUCGCAUAUUAGAAUCUUGUCAAGAUGCAUUUGCAUUAAGGCUUUUUCGGCAACAGAACCAAACUGGUUUUGUAAAUGCAUUUUCACGAUCUCCUCAAACAUUCACAACAGGUUUGAUGAAACUAGAGAGAAUUAUGAGAACCUUAUUUACAACUAAUUUGCAUAUUUGGCCUAGAUUCCAUGCUGUUGUUACAAGUAGUCUUCAAAAUAGAUCUCCUUGUGUUAUAGAAUUACAUGUCAAAUUGAGUUCAUUAAUGGAAACUAUACAAACUGCAGCUCUUGAUUUAGUGUUAUUCUGCAUCAAAGAAAUAAAAAGAAUAAAUCCUACGCUGGAAACAGAAGAAAUUACUGUUGAAAAUGCUUUAUCGAAAAGUUUUCACAAGCUCCUUCAGUUGCAAUUGGAUCCUAUUUGGAAUCGUCUCAGUGCCAAAACAAAGCAACUUAUUGCUGACCUAAAGACACUUCGUUCUAUUGUAGUAAAUCUUACUCAAUCUGAUGCAGUAAGAUUUCAUUCACUACUCACAUCUCUUCGAACUCGUGAAUAUGCCUUGAAAAGUUCGGGUUGGAUGAUAUUGGAUGCUGCAGAAACUCUGUUUAUUUCUGCCAAAAAUCGUCUUUUUGAUUCAAAACAAAAUCUAAGUCCUGAGCCAAAUCCUAAAUGGGAAACAUUGACUGAGAUUCUUGAAGAAAUCCAAGGUGAGACUGAUAGUGCUGAUGCUCCACCCACAAUUUUGAUUCUUGUUGAAUCUAAAUACACCGUAAAUCAACUUAAGGAGGUGUUAGUUAUGGGUGCUAAGGAAAUGCUUAAUUAUUGGUACUACAAAUUGUUCGGAUCUGAAUCUCUUGGAGAAAUGAAAGGAAAAGAAGAAGAGGAGACUGAAAUGGAAUCAAUCACAUUAACUCAAAAGAAGGAUGAAUCCAAUGGCAAUACAACAUUCAGUGAAUGUUCUGAACAACCAGAUAAAUCAAAAGAUCCAGUCAUUGUUAUUCAACAAUUCAAAAAGGAUGGUGAUGGCUUGUCCUUGCCAAAGAUUCUUCAGCGGCUUAAUCCUUCCACUAUAAUUAUGUACGAUGUGGAUAUUUCAGCUAUUCGACAGAUAGAGAUUUACCAGAGUGCAUUUGCUGAUAAAGCAAUUAAGGUUUAUUUUAUGAUCUAUGGAGGUUCAGUUGAGGAACAAGCAUAUUUAACAUCUCUCAGGUGUGAAAAGCAAGCUUUUGAAAAACUCAUCAAAGAAAAAUCUAUAUUGGUAUUUGAAGAUCUAAGAUCAGGUAAAGAUCUUCGAGAUAGACCACUUAUUAAAGUCAGUACUCGCCAAGGAGGUGUUGAGGAAGUGCAAACAAAUAGCAGAAUCAUAGUUGAUAUGAGAGAAUUCAGGAGUGAGCUUCCUUCUGUCAUCCAUAAAAGAGGAAUAGACAUUGAACCUGUUACUCUACAGAUAGGGGAUUAUAUUCUGUCGCCAGAUAUUUGUGUUGAAAGGAAGAGUAUCAGUGAUCUCAUUGGAUCCUUGAAUUCAGGCAGAUUGUAUACUCAGGCUCAAGCGAUGACAAGAUAUUAUACGAAACCAGUUUUACUCAUAGAAUUUGAUGAAAAUAAACCUUUCAUGUUACAGGGUCGUUAUUAUCUAAGCAGUGACAUUUCAUCUAACGACAUCACUAGUAAACUUCAGUUAUUAACUCUACAUUUUCCAAGGCUACGGAUUGUAUGGAGUCAGAGUCCAUUUGCUUCUGCUCAAUUAUUUCAUGAGCUAAAGGAUGGUCGAGAGGAACCAAUCGCUUCUGUAGCAGCAGCUAUUGGUCAUGAAGAAACAUCUCUUGAGGAUGAAAGAUUAGAGAAAUUCAAUGUUGGAAUUCAGGACUUAGUCAGCAAACUCCCAGGUGUAAAUACAAAGAACUUGAAUUCUUUAUUAAAUAAAGGAAAGUCUCUUGAUCAUCUUAUAACUCUAAAAAAAGAAGAAUUGAUUGAAAUACUUGGAAAUUCAAUGAAUGGAGAACUCCUAUACAAUGCUAUUCAUCAUAAUGUAAAGCCAGCAUCUGAAGCACAGUCUAAUCAAUUUAGAGUUCGAGGAAAAGGAUUUAGGAAACGAAAACAUGAAAUCACUUGAAAAUUGCCAUUACUUUUAUCCCAUGAAGUUCUGUAUUAAUGUAAUAUAAAUUAAAUUAAAUAUAUUUUUGGUUUUCGAGUAAGGAAACAUUAAUAUUCAUCAUUAUUUUUUUAUUUCUUUCAUUAUCAUCAAAGUGGUCAAUUAUAAAAUUACCUUAUCACUAAAAUAAUUUGUUCAUACUUAUGUUUUAUUAUUAUUAAAACAAACAAAUUGUUAAUGAAUAGUUGGUCAGCAAUGCCAAAAAAAUAUUUCAUAGAAAAAUCAGAAUAAUAUUUUUGUUAUAAAAAAGGAAAAAAUAUUCUAGGAAAUUCUCACAUUUGCAGGUGAAAUUUAACAAGCUUUAAUAAUUUGUUUGCAUUAUAUAGAUUUGAUACUUUAUUAAAUUUAAUUGGAAGUUCACUUAUAUUAUUUUUUUAAUAUUUACAUUUGUGAAGGCUUUGGUUUUUAAAAUUAUAUACAAUGUUGUCCAUAUGGCUGAAAAUAUAGUAGUUCUGGAUGUUAUACAUUUCAAGGAAAUCUGUUAGUUCUGUUGAAAAAAAAAGUUUACCUUAAGGUAUUAUUAUAUUCUUCUGUCUUCCAUUUUGUUACCAUUAUCUAAAUUUCAAUUAAAUUAAGCUCUGAAAUUGAGUAUUCUGUUGAAGACUCGUUUUUAUUAUUGUGAUAACCUCUUCCAACUGGGAUUUUGUUUAUUAUAAACUAUUUGCCAAUUUAUUCAUUAUUGCUUGAUAAAAUAUAAUUUUAUCAGAUGUAGUUAUUUAAAUAGAAGAUGCUUGGAUACAUACAUCCAAGUGUUAUACCCUUUACUAUUUAUUAUAAUGAACAACUGAUCUACUCAUUAAAAGUAUUUGCUGCAUGAAAUAAUUAAGUGUAAUAUGAUUCAUUUACCCUUAAGUUAUUUAAUUAACUGUUAAAU